AUGUCGUUUAAUGCCUUUGCCAGCUCUUUGAGCAAGAAGCUACAGGAAAUUUCCACAAGUGUUUCCGAAAAAACCCAGGAACUGCCCAGCUUGGCGCAGUCCACCCAGAGAAUGGUCCAAGAACGUUUGGGCCAGGUGACAGACAUCUCCCAAUUGCCAAGGGAGUACACGGAGCUAGAAGAAAAGGUUGACACUAUCAAGUUGAUUUACAACCACUUUUUGGGCGUGACUGCCAUCUAUGAAAAUGGAUCGUACGAUUACCCUAAAUACAUUAAUGAAUCUGUCAACGAGUUUUCUAGAAGCGUGGCUUCCAAGCUCACCGAAUUGACUCAUGCUACUUCUGCGUCUGAGGCACAAAACAUAUUGGUUGCACCAGGCCCUAUCAAGGAGCCCAAGACGUUGAACUAUGCCCUCAGUAAAGUUGCUUUGAACUCCAGCGAGUGUUUAAACAAGAUGCUUCCCACUGAAGAACAACCGCUGGCUUCUGCGCUUCUGCAGUUCAGCGAUGUACAAGCCAAAAUCGCUCAGGCUAGAAUUCAACAAGAUACCUUAAUUCAAACCAAGUUCAAUAAGAACUUGAGAGAAAGACUCUCUUUUGAAAUCGGUAAAGCCGAUAAGACCCGUAAGGAUGUCCACUCCAUGAGACUAAGAUACGAUGUGGCAAGAACUAACCUAGCUAACAACAAGAAACCUGAAAAGGAAGCCUCUUUGAGAGUCCAAAUGGAAACUUUGGAGGACCAGUUCGCUCAAGUCACUGAAGAUGCCACUGUAUGCUUACAAGAGGUCAUUUCCCACGCUAACUUUAGUGAAGAUUUGAAGGAACUGGCCAAGGCUCAAGCUGAGUAUUUUGAAACCUCUGCCUCUUUGAUGAAGGAGUUUUUGUCCAAUUCAUUUGCUGAAGAAUCUGUGGAAAAGCCUGUAGUUGUAGAAGAAGAAAAACCACAGACCGCUAUCUCUAUGAAUGACGAAGACGAUGCUUAA